UGUCGACAUGUUGAUUGGAAGUUUCUGGGGGCUUGUUUUCGUUCUUGUUGUUCGAUGCAGGACGCUUCGUGACACGUAAGGGGGUAUCUUAUCGAAGAGGAAAACACGCAGAUAAACAGCUGAACACAGUGAUGCGGUGGUGUGGAAUCUGGGCUGACCCGGGGUAUCUCAAGGCGUGGCAAGUGUAAAGGGAAUAAGACGCAGCGGAGGGGUAUCUUGAAAAAAAUGAAUGCAGCAGUAAAAGAGGCAGGAAGGUGCGAUGUUGUGCAACAAAGUUGAGGCAGGCACGAAACGGCGGCGCAGCGUUUGCAUCUGCUUUUCCCACCUGGCACUUUUUUCCCUUGCCUGUCAACGAGUGCCGUCGGUCACUCAUAGAGGCCCGCGCGCCCCCAACCCUCCGCGCGCCGCUGCUCGUAUCCGAAAUUGGGCGUUGGGCGAUCUGGCACGCAGCGCGGCGAUGAUUCGUCAAGCUCGGGCGCGGCAACCGCCCAACUGUGCAAAUGAAAGUUGCUGGGCGGUGGUGGUGCCGGCGCAUGUGUCGUGCAAUCGGCGCUCGCUCGUUUCUGCAUCUCCCGCGAUGAAACGCUCACCAGCAGCAUCGCUAACAAGUCAUGGAGCAACGAGGCCAGCACGACGCAUGUCACAUGUCGCACACACUCACACACACACGUUAUCCUCUCAUCUCCCCAGCUUCUCGACACCCCAUUGCCACAGCUUUCAACGCAGAGACGCCGCCCGCUCAAGAAAGGGUAGGUGCUCGUGUGCCUGCCCACCGACAAUCACAUGCAAGAAAAGCGAGCCAAAAGCUUAAUGCGAGCUUCCCGAAAUGCGGCGCCGAUCUUUGCGCUAGUGUGGACCCACUCACGCCAGCCUGAAAUAGUUUCGUCGUGUUGUAGCUGCUCGGACUCACUAUGGUGCUACGCUGAAGAUUGUUGGAUAAUAGAACAUCACGCCUGAGAUCAAUAUCACGUCGAGUGUCUACGUGCGUU